AUGGGAGGAGGAGUGGCGGCCUGCAUUUUUGGGGGGCCACCCAACGCAUCUUCCCGCGCCGCCUCGUUUCCCCCCCAGCCAGACCCCAAUGUAAGCGGCCGUUUUCUGCUGCUGCGGCCGCCAGGGAACGAUUCCACCGGGGCUGCUCAUGCGAGGCGUGCGCGUGUUUUAUUUUCGCAUCCUUUUUUGGCGACCGCUGUGUGGCCCUUCGGUGAACGCGCUGUAGACCACUCCUCAGAGAGGGCGGUGCGGCCAGCACUGGGAGAAUCGUGGGCGACGCGACACUGGGAUUUUUUGGGGGCUUGGAACGAGCGCGGAAAGGUGCGUCUGCGAUGGGCGUCGGACUGCGCGACGCACGCUGCUGGCUGGGAUUCAGGAAUUCAAAAGAGAACGGAAAAAAAUAAAUAA